AUGGGCAAAUCGUCAAAGGACAAGCGUGACGUUUACUACCGGCUGGCAAAGGAGCAGGGCUGGAGAGCGCGCAGCGCGUUCAAGCUGCUGCAAGUGGAUGAAGAGUUCAACAUAUUCGACGGUGUUACGCGAGCGGUUGAUCUGUGUGCAGCGCCUGGUAGUUGGUCGCAGGUGUUGAGCAAGAAGCUGAAGCGGCAGGGUGAUGUGGACCCAAAGAUCGUUGCAGUGGACCUGCAGGCCAUGGCACCGUUACCGGGCGUGAUCCAAAUCCAAGGCGACAUUACAAAGCUGACAACGGCGGAGCAGAUCAUCGGGCACUUUGACGGCGAGAGCGCAGAUCUGGUGGUAAGCGACGGUGCGCCUGACGUCACGGGUCUGCAUGACCUGGACGAGUACAUCCAGGCGCAGCUGAUUCUGGCAGCACUGAACAUCACGACGCAUAUUCUGAGAAGAGGCGGGACAUUUGUGGCCAAGAUAUUCCGCGGCAAGGACGUUACGUUGCUGUAUGCGCAGCUCAAGGUGUUCUUUAAGACGGUGCAUGUGGCGAAACCAAGGUCGUCGCGCAAUUCGAGCAUCGAGGCAUUCAUUGUGUGUCUGGAUUACAACCCGCCAGCCGACUACGUGCCAAACAUGGCAAAUCCGCUGAUGGAUGUGCCAUAUAACAUGGAGAACCCGAUUGUCGGCAGCAACAGGGUGGUCGUUCCGUUUGUUGCGUGCGGCGAUCUGCGCGGGUUUGAUUCGGACCGGACGUACGGGCUGGAGUUUGAGGGCACGCCGUCAUACGAGUCAAGGGAACCGACCCAGUCGCCGAUCAACCCGCCGUACAAGAAGGCGCUGGAGCUGAAGCGCUCAAACUUUUACAACAACUCGCUGUAG